UGGGGUAUUUUAUCCAAGUGCGUUUGUCUGCAGGUGUUGGGGAAUUAUAGUCUGGCAUGGUGACUGUUUGCGUAUGGAAAUGUGUGUAAGUGUUCCUGGGAAGGAGCGCGGGAGCAGUCUGAGCAACUCGCUGAGCCCGAAAUCCCAGGGGAGGUUUGGAAAGGACACGUGGGAUAUAGGAGGAACGCGCUGCGAUAGGAAGACAUGGUCCACGUUCUCUUCCUGCAAGCCUCGGCUCGUCUGAACGUUCAUGAGAAAGGGCGCGGCGUGUAGACAGGAGCGGCACCGCAAGAGCCAUCCUCCAGAUUCCGUCCUCCUGGCAACGCUACACCAUCUCCUCUACUGCUCACCCUCACCACUGCUCACGUUCUCUGCCCUGGUCCCCGCUCUGGACCCUGGACCCUGGACUCGGGCUCCUGCACUCUUGCUUUGGAGAUUACAGCAAUGGCACAAACCCAAACUCCCCUCAAUUCUUCAUCCAGUUUGCUGCAUGCCUUAUCCUCCCCGCCAUCCAAUCUCAACAAGACGGCCUGCGAAAACAUCAUUUGCCACAAUGCUUCCACAAUCAUAGCUUCGCUCAUCCUGGGCCUGGUCUUCCUCCUGGGCUGCCCCGGGAACCUCUUUGUCAUCUGGAGCAUCCUGGCACGUGCCCGCAAGCGCUCCAUCACCACCCUCCUCAUCCUCCACCUGGCGUGCGCUGAUGGAUUCCUCAUGACCCUCACACCUUUCUUCGUAAUCUACCUGGCUAAGAAAACCUGGAUGUUUGGCAACAUCAUGUGCAAGGGGAUCUUUUACCUGUGCUGCGUCAACAUGUUCGCCUCCGUCCUGCUCAUCAUGCUCAUGAGUGUGUACCGGAUGUUGGCUGUGGUAUGCCCCCAACGUGUGGGCACCCUUGCCACCCGGAAGGCUUUUCUGAGGCUCCUAGUAGGAGUCUGGCUGCUGGUACUCAUCAUGUCCUCUCCCAUCCUGGCGUUCCGAGAGGAGAAAGAAGAGAACGUUACUGAGCAUAUACGCACAAUUUGCAUACCCAACGCAAACACCCUAGAGAGUCUGGUGAUGAUCCACUACUCUAUUGAGACAUUCUUCGGAUUUGUGCUGCCUUACGGGGUGAUCGUGAGCUGCUACGUGUGCAUUCUUCGCCGAAUCAGACAGACCAAGUUUCGCCGCAGAAUUCGCAGCGAGAAGCUCAUUCUGGCCAUUGUGGUGACCUUUGGCCUCUUCUGGCUGCCAUACCAAGUUAUAAAUGUGAUGCAGGUUAUAGCCGGACUGUGCCCGGAGGAGUCUCCUCUGAAAAAAAGGUUGACUUACAUGUGGCAGUCAAGCCGCACCAUUACUUCUACACUGGCCUUCGUUAGCAGCUGCGCCAACCCUGUGCUCUAUUCGUUGGCUGGAAAGGCCUACAUUCGGCAGGCGGGCCUGGGGUUCAUGGCACGGCUGUUCGAAGGCACGGAUUCGAACACCAGGAAAGGCCGGCAGAUGAGCCAGAACAGCAAACCGAAGGAAGAGGAGGGUGUGGAUCUCAGCAACAAGGAAGCAGAAUCCUCAGUUACCGUCAGUGCUGUCAAGAUUCAGAGAUAACGGAAAGCUUUGACCUACCCUGAACCUGCCUCAUUCCAGCUUCAGCAUGUUUUCUGACAUUUACUUAUUUAGCAGACAUUUUUCUCCAAAGCAACUUCCAGUGAACUCUACGUAGUGUUAC